UUCCCUUCUCCACGGCUAUCUGUAUUUUGAGGCCCUAACUGACCAUGAAUACGAGUAUUCAUGUGUAUCUUGUGGUGACCAUCCACCUGUGGUCAUAAUGGACCUCCACAAGAAGGCAUCCUUUCAUCUCUCUGGUAAAUAUCUUUCCUUUUUACUGCGGAGAGGUAAGUCUUAUUAGUAAAACUAUUAGUAAGUUUAUAGUAAGUAUUUAUUUUCUUUAGUGAGUGAUCUUUCACAGCCUCCACAAGAUUUUAAUGGAGAGGUGGAUUUAGAUAUGUUUUGGAAGGCACUGACAAAAGAACGAAUUGCUCGAGGAUUUUUUUCAAAUAAGGAAAUUUAUUAUAUCAGGAAUGGCAUGUCAUCAUUAUUUAAUUUCAUAAGUGUUUUCAGGAGUACAAUCUAAAUUCACUGAUGUACUAACAUGUUUGUUUGUCCUAAAGGUAAAAAAAAACAAUCCAUUUUGUGUUACACCUAGUUACAACUUUUGGGCACCCUGGAUCGGGAGUAAGACUCGCAUAGCGAAUGUUGUUCUCAACACUGAAUUUGAGAAAGUGCACAAAGCAAAAACUGCAGAACGAACAGAAAUAACUGUCUCUGAAGAUCGCUUAAAGGACAAACUUUCAAAACAGAAAGUGGGAGUGAUAAGAAGACUGUGUCAAGAGUGUGGUUUAGAUGCCAAAGGCUCUCGCACAGAUCUACUCCUGCGACUUUCGGAGGAGAUGAGGUCAAGGGAGGCCCAUGACAAGGUUUUUGAAAAGAUUUGGGCUGCUUCAGGUAAACCUCAAUGUUGCACAUUAAAAUAUUACAAAUAAAUCAGAAAUGUACAAAGUCACAUAGACAUUAUGGGUCCUGUUUUCUGCUUGGCACUGAUUGGGGAGUGACUGGUGGUGUACAGCUCUGGGGGGUGUUGGAGGUGGCCUUGUCUGACACCAGGGUGUAUUGUUGCUUUCCGUGUAGGGGAGUGUAUUUACAUCUCUGAGGCACUGCAUCUUUAAAUUUUUUAAAAGUAUACUUUGUUAAGGUUAAUGCCACUGCCCUCCAUCAUAACCUAUGGUCAUUUAAGUCCCAAUGUCAUUAAUGGGAUUUGAUUAUGUUUUCUUAACUAUUUGCUUAUCUUUUUUGUCUGUUCCAGGAGGUUGGGCUGUCAUCAUGUGUCCUUGUGGCAUAGUUUACAGUAUAAAAUGUAAUCUGCGAGCAGAAAGUCCAUGGGAUUUUCAGAUAUGCUUCUGUCUUGGAAGCAUCUGCCUAAUAUUGUUAUUUAUGACUUUGCCCGUGGACUGUCCACCCACACAAAUUUGAGGAAACCCAUAACUUUUACACCUUUCGAGGGAAGGUUACUUGAACCAACCACUGAAAAUAUUGCAAAAGCAAAAUCAGGAAAAUUACAGGUAACUCUGCCAUGGCUCACUGCAAAAAAGCAAAGUCCAGAUCCGCAUGGUCAUCCAAUAACUGGUUCUGCAGAACACUAUGUUCUGUAUGACCGCUUUCACGAAGACAACACAAAAAAUCCUCGUGAUUCACUGAGGAAGCUUCGUCUUGUGCCUCAACUAGCUGGCAAAGUUAACAGUCAGGCUGCAGAACUGCUUUUUUCAAAGCUAAAGAAAAAUAACUACUUGAACAUGGCAUUGCCAUCCACACAUGUUUUCCUCAUGUGAAACAUCAUCCACCAUUACAAUGUCAGAAAAAACGAGAAACAUCUUCAUGACAUAAAAAAGGAAUUCAACACAAACAUUCACAUGAAUGACCACAGCCAGGUUGUGUAAGAAAAUCCAUCCUCCACAGAGAAAUGCAGGGACAUGUCACUUGGACCACUGACAGCACUGCCAGAAAAUAUUGUGACUUUACAAACGACCACUGCAUCACCAGGCAUAACAUCAGUCACAUCUUCUCUGUCAUCAGUAUCAAUUACAGAAAAAACAGCUUGUGAACCUACCACUCUUCUGAAUUUUUUGGAACCUACUAAGCCUUGGGAGAGGGACUGGCAUCCAUUACAAGAGAAACUGCUUGAUUAUGUGCUGGACCGAAAUCGCCCUGGCAGUGAAAUAAUUGUGAAGGAGGGGCAAGUGUGCCUUAUUCGAGAAGAAUUUUGGAGCCUUGGAUUGUUGAGGGACAUGGACUCCCAUAUUGGAAACGCCUGCAUGAAGCUUAUUUGUGAAAUGGCUCGACAAAUUGGCAAGGACAUAUACAUUGAGGACUUUUAUGUUGUCCCUGUGUGGAAAGAAACUCCUAACAACAUUGUUACUGGAUUACCGGAAGAUGCAGACUUGAAAGACCUGUUAGCCUUUCCAGCAUGGACAAAUGCCAAUGGACCAGACCACUUUGUUGUCUGUGAAAAUUGCUUAGCAAGUGGAUCAUGGGACAUGGACUGAAAAGAAUGGAUAUGAUUUUCCAGCUUUGCCACGUCAGACAAGAGGGAAUGAUUGUGGUGUUUUUGUUCUCAUGUACACCCUCUCAAUGGUGUGUGGCAUUGGGUUUCAACUCCAGGAGAUGGAUAUACCUAUCAUCCGUCAGUGGUGGUGCCUUCUACUCAUGGAACGAUUUCAAAUUGAUGGCUAUGGGCACAGAUUUGCUUUCUGGACUGAGGAGGCAAGAAGUGUCUUGGAUGGAAAGAUUCUGCUCCUUUUUAGGGUGAAAAGAAAAACCACAUCCAAUCUUCCGGCACAUGUCCAAGCAGUUCAAGAUCGGGAAAGAAAUGACAAAAGAUUAGUGGACUUGAUUAUCACAUCAAAAUCAGCAGAGCAGCAUUUGGUGGUAUAGAUGGUUCCACUUUAAAUUACUCCUCUAGACUCUGAGUAUGGUUGACUUAAAUAUAGUCAAGUGACAAUUUAACUAUUAUUUGCCAAAUAUAAUUAAUUACUUGUGCAUUUACAUAUGAAAUAUAAUUUCCUUCUAUGGCCCAAAGGAUAUACUCGGUGGGAAAAGGUCAAAUUGGUUUCCACUAAAACCCCGUUCUCAAGUGCCUGUCUACAUUGAGAAUGAGCAGUCCCAGUCAAUCAUUUGUGACUACAUCAGAAGAAUUCUUAAUAAAACCAAAACACAGCUGACCUUCAAUGAUGAGGUGGAGUUCAUUUGUGGAUGUCUCCUCCCAGAGGCCAUAACUCAUGGCAUUUCCGAGUUACAAGGCUUGUCUUGGCAGGAGGCUGAAGAUGUCUUCCUCCAGGGCCCCAUUUAUCACGCAAGUGAAGUUGAGGAAUUUAACAGAAGAAUUGCUCGAGAAAUGAAAAAUCUCCCCAACAAGAGUCUCGAUGACUUGUAGGACCUCAUGAAAAUUUAUAAAAAAAUAAAGUUUGGUGUGAGAAAAUUACUCAGAGUACUAUCAUUUAUUCUGUGAAUAAUAAGAUAAUGUUCAUUCCCUCAACUCAAUACUAAAGAGUUUGAUAAAUCCUUAAUGAUUUAAAAACAAAA